AUGAUUCUGCUGCUAUCAAUAAUCGGGCUAGCCGCAUUCCUAUUUCACCAAUUUUACUGGAGGAGGAGAGGAUUUCCGCCAGGACCAGUCCCCCUGCCAUUUGUCGGAAACAUGUUGGAAGUGAUUUGGAAACAACCUGGCUAUGACGCAUAUUUGGACUGGGAGAAGAAAUACGGCCCGAUCGUUACUUAUUAUAUGGGUACUAAACGUAUUGUGGCCAUCACCAGCUACGAGAUGAUGAAAAAGUACAUCGUUCAGCAGGGCGACAAAUUCAGCGAUCGCGAGCAUUUCCAGGGCUUUAAUGAUAUGUAUCGAGGUGGAAACUAUGGAAUCAUCGAGUCGGACGGUCAGCUCUGGCGAGACCAGCGACGCUUUGCCAUCUCGACCUUGCGAGAUUUUGGAAUGGGAAAGAAUCUGAUGCAGAUUAGGGUUCUCGAAGAGGUCGAUUAUAUGUUUGCUAGAGUCGAAAAAGCUGGGAUGAAAUUGAGCGCAAAAGAACUUCUCAACAUUGCUGUAGGCAACAUUGUCAAUGGAAUCAUUUUUGGCUACCGUUUUGAUGAAACUACACUACCUCAAUUUUGGAACAUUCGCCGCAUCGUUCAAAAGCAGCAGCAAGAAAUGCCUAGCUUCAUCGCGAUCAUUCUGUGGCCACCCUUCCGUCACUUCCCGUACUUUAGAGAUUCUUGGAAACGUCUUCAAGGAUAUCGCGACGAUCUUUUCGGAUAUUUCAACGCCCAAAUCGAGACCCAUCGGAAAGAAAUGGACUUCGACGCUGAGGAAAGCCAGUGCAUGGCCGAGGUCUACCUGAAGGAGCAGCGAAAACACCAAAACGAGCCUGACCAGGGUGGCUUUAGCGACAUCCAACUCCGGAAUAUCGUCUUCGACAUUUGGUUGGCAGGUCUCGACACCACGGUCACCACCCUCCAAUGGGGCCUCAACUUUUGCUUCAACCACCCGGAACUCCGCGUCUUUGAAAAGAUGCACGAAGAGCUGGACAGAGUAGUGGGGCGGAACCGGAAAGUCGAGAUGAACGACAGGAACCAGUUGCACUACUGUAAUGCCGUGAUUGCGGAAACCCAACGGUUCCUAAACCUUGUACCCCAGAAUUUGAUGCGAAUCGCGGGGGAGGAUGUCAAUAUUGAAGGGUAUCUGAUACCGAAGGGUACGGUAGUCAUACCACAGAUUAGCUGCGUGCUGUUUAACGAGGAGCUCUUCCCCGAGCCCCGGAAAUUCAAGCCCGAGCGCUUCAUCAACGAGGAUGGGACGUUUAAGAAGGUGCCAGAGCUCGUCCCCUUCUCAAUCGGAAAACGACAAUGUGCCGGGGAAGGGCUGGCACGCCUCGAGCUCUUCUUGUUCUUUACCAAUUUGGUGCAUAAAUAUGAGCUCUCCGUCGACGAACUCCCAAAAAUGGAACGCACCUUUAAGACGAUCACCGAGAUUCCGGAAUUUGAUUUGACUUUUAAGGAGCGAUUU